CUGGCCACACCUGGAUUUCCACCCACUGAAAAGCAGUUGCACAAUAACAAUAGAAGUGGAAAAACGAUGUAAGAGACAUUCAAUAAAAUCCCCAAACUCGUUGUUUGAUAAACCCUGAGGUUUGGUGAAGAGCUGUUUACCAUCAAACCAAUAGAGCUGGGACACAAAGAAGGAAACAGACAAUGUGAUGUGACUUCAGUCAAAGUAAAAACACUCAAUCAAGCAUAGACUUACUGACGAAGUCUGGAGACAUUAAAUACCUAAAAAUAAAACUAUGUCUGAGGUCCUACGGUCAAACCUGGAGCUGCUAGAAGACAGCCCCCCCAAAACCAGCGGGGUGACUGCUGAACCCCAAACCCCAACAUGGGGGGCAGAGGGGGAGAAGGUGAUUGAAGAAUUGGGGAAGGGAAGGGAAGGAGUGGUGGAGGAAGACGAAAUGGUUAGCUCUGCUAAAUUGGAGCCUACCACUCUGCAAUGGCCGGGUGACAGGGAUGUAGAGAAAGCAACAAAGAAUGGAAGUGCAUUGACUGUGAAAGAAGAUAAGGGAAGGGGAAAGGGAGAUGACCCUGAGGGCGAGAGGAGGAGCGUGCACUCCAUGUGCACCUCUCUUCAAGAAGGAGGAAGCCGGAUGGAGAGCGAGAGAAGGCUGGGUUUGGGAGUGGAGAGAAUGAGAACGGGGGAAGAAUGGAUGGAGAGAGAGGUGCAGCACCCAGGGCUGUGUAAGAGAGGGAAGAAGGUGCAGGUAGAGAUAGAGGUGGAAGAUGGUAUGAACUCUUUGCCUGAGAAGGCAGCACAGGUCUUCAACCCAUCUGUCACCAUCUUACACUCCUCUAGUGCUCCGACAUCUCCCAGGGAAAGGGAGCCAUUCUGGGAUGUGGACGCAGAGAAGAAUCCCCUCCUCGUUCCCCAGGGAACCCCACAUGAUGGCUACUACCACGACUGGCCAGUGGAGGGGGGGUCCUCAAAAUAUGGGUGUGACUGUGCCAACCGGGAUGCUCUCAAAGUGGGGGUGUCUGUGUUCACUGCAGCUCUGAUUUUCCCCCUCCUAGUGUGGGGGGGUUAUGUCUUCCUGCCUUUUGAUGCCCCACUGCUGGACAGUGCCCCCCUCAGGCUGGUCUACACACUGCGCUGCUCUGUCUUCGCUGUGGUGCCCAUCAUACUGGGCUGGUUGGUGCUGGGUGUCUCCAGGAUGCGGUUGGGGAAUGUGAAGCCGCUGUGUGAGGUGGAGGCCAGGGAGGUGGGUGUGCACCGGCGCUAUGUGGAUGACUCCGUCACCCUCUUCCUGCUCUACUUCCUGCAGCUGGCCGUAAUGGCGCCCUACCUGAGCCAGGACCUGCUCAAACUGGUGCCCCUGCUCACUAUCAUCUUCGCCUUUGGCAGGCUGAUGUACUGGGUGGCAGCUGCACUGGGCAGCAGUGUUCGGGGCUUUGGCUUCGGUCUGUCCUUCCUGCCCACCGUGGCCAUGCUGGGUGCCAAUCUCUACUUCAUCUUCACCAUGGACGCUGGGGGCACCAUCUUUGCCCAGGAUGUGGUUCACCAACAAGACCAACCCCCAGCCUCCCGCCAGAGGUUCUGGGGAUAGGGGAAUGGAGUCAAGACUGAAGGAAUGAAAAGGAUGGGGAAGAAGGACAGGAUUUGUUUUACCUACUGGUGGAAUUUAACUUUCAAAGGGUUACUAUGUAAACGGUAGUGGAUCGUGCUAGUGUGUUUAAACCACACUGAUGAUGUGUAGAAUAGACUGGGCAGUGGUAGUCAGUGAUAGAGCAUGUACAAACCGUUAUUGGAGAAAGGCUGUCUACGUAAUAAUUCAUGUUGCAUGGCAUUAUACCGUCACUUGGGGUGGCAGGGUAGCCUAGUGGUUAGAGCGUUGGACUAGUAACCGGAAGGUUGCAAGUUCAAACCCCCGAGCUGACAAGGUACAAAUCUGUUGUUCUGCCCCUGAACAGGCAGUUUACCCACUGUUUCCUAGGCCAUCAUUGAAAAUAAGAAUUUGUUCUGAACUGACUUGCCUGGUUAAAUAAAGGUAAAAUAAAUAAAAUAAAAAAACUUUAGUGAAACAGUAGAAUGUAUUCUGUAGAAGAUCUGCUAAUUGACAGCAUGACAGUUAAGUACCAUGGAAUAAUUUUGAAAUCACAAUUGUCUCGCUGCAAAUAGUUUGUAGAUCCACACAGAAUUGUGCCACUUGGGGAAGUUUUGAAAAUAACCAAACCACUGUUUUCCUCAUAUCUAGCUUGGCCUGCUGCAGACAAAUAGUUUGCUGAACUAUACUGUUUGGUUUGACAAGUAUAUCUGUACUUGAGGCAUCCUGUAAUCUACUGUAUUGCAUUUGGUUAUGAAUCUGGUAUUUCAAGCUAAUAACAAUUGCAUUUACAUUUGGGACGUUUAUAGAGAAACUGAGACUUGCUCUAGACCACUUAGUCAAUUUCCUCUUGAAAAUGUUCAAUAUAACCAAUCAUAAAAUCAUGUUCUGUGAAAAAGUAAUCGACUACAGAGUGGACAUUUUGUCUCAUCUUCAUGACUGUAUGAUUGACGUCCCCACAUAAGCAAUGUCAUAACAGCUAACAAAUCAUUGAAAAAUAAUUGAUUUAGUAUAAAGAUUUUGACAUUGAGAACCAUUUCACAAUUGGAGAAUGUGGAUUGCAUGGCAUUUUGUGCCUCCCCCCAAAAUGGCAGUGACCUUAUAGAAAUCCAACCAGUCCAACGAGUGCCUUUGUCUCUGAAAAUGAAUCCUUUCACAAUACAGCACAACCCUGUAAGGGUGAUUGUGAAUGGAGUUGUUACUGUAUUUUACAAUGAUAUGUAUGAAAUCUGAUUUUUACAGUGUAGGCAUCUACUUUAUAAAAUGUAUAACUACGCUGAUUUCUUUCUACAUUUCAAGGUACACUUACGGUCUGAAACAAAGUGUAGAGUCUAUUUAAUGUCUAUCAUAUUUUAAAAUAAUUUAUGACUCAAUGAUCAAUUAUACUUAACAAGUGAUGUUUUUAUUGGCCUUUCAUUUAUGAAGCUGACAUUUAUUGGUUUCAAAGCCUUUUAGUGACCAAUAAAAAUUAACAAGCAUUUAAGGUAGACCUUUGUGCAUUACAGUUGUUUGAAAUGGGCACCUGUUUUCAGACUGUUAUUGCUGUGUUCGUAACCAAGUGGAAGGUGGUAUUUAUCACAAACGACUGGGAGAAAAACACUUGAACACCCCUCCAACUCGUAAUUACUAGUGGAAAACUAUAGAGAUCGUUAGAGGACGCAACAUUGUAUCGGUCAGAUUCUGGCUUUGUGAGAGCAUGCACUGUGCCAUUGAGGCCAUCUCCAUUCUGAAGAAGUACAUUUUCUUCUACGAGUUGGUAAGCAAACUGAAAGGGUGCAUACAUGCCACUUGGAGUGUGUUGUUUUAACAGGUAUAAAGCCAAGUUGGGGGAUUUACUGCCACUUGCAGUUUAUGGAAUGUUUGCUCACAAGUGUAAUUAAUUGGCUGAUCCCUCCUGAUGACCUGGAUGGAAAUAUACACUGCUCAAAAAAAUAAAGGGAACACUAAAAUAACA